UGUGGACUGUGAUGUCAUGUCAGUAGUACUAGUAUUGUAGACAGGUACCUACCUAUCUAAUGUAAUUUUCAUGUUUGAUCUUCUUUCUAGUUCCAGUGGCUAAAGUGCGUUAAAAUACUACAGACGCGGUUGAUUUAGAUGUCGUAUUGUACGUUAAAUAGUUUGUAUGCAUCUAGAAAUCUAAUAGGCAAAUCUAUUCCGAAGAAGAGUGGUGUGUAGAUUUAAGAUGUUCGAACAAAGUUGACGUAACGUAGGCCCAUUGGAGUAACCAGUAACUCAAGCAAGGAGAUAUGCCUAACUACCACACAAAUCGAAGGCUUUAGCUUUCGUAACAUUUGUAAGGUAUUGGAAAAUCGUAUGACUAAAGAAAAUGUAUGGCAUCAACGGAUCGGAUUACCCCCCUGUUAAGGAAGAGACUUUUUGUAAAUACGUUUUGUAUUACGAGAUAAAUAAUUCGAGGGUCCGCAUAUGGGAUUUGAUUAUUUUGAUACCAAAUGCUCUGUUCGUGUUAUUUUUAGUUGUAAGAUUCAAUAAAGCCCAGUUGAAAUUGCGCGCUACAAGUAGCCCUAUUUUCCUCACUUUUUAUGCAUUGGUAUGGGGCAAUGUAAUAAUAAGUUUGGUGAGAUGCGCUGUGUCUAUGACGGUCAAUGCUGCUGUACCAGUGGGUGGGCUGGUAGAUAAGAUUCUAUGGGUGACUGUCAGGUUCUUUCUUCUGGCUACUGAGAUGAGUGUUGUGAUAUUUGGAUUGGCUUUUGGACAUUUGGACAGCCGCAGCAGCAUCAGAUAUGUUCUUCUUGCUACAUCUUUAAUCUCUCUAGCAUUCACUAUAACACAAGGCACACUGGAGAUUGUUAUGCCGGAUGACAUGUUCCAUAUUGAAGCGAGGGACUAUGACCUGUUUGGACAUGGAGGCAUGCUGUUUUGGUUCACAUCUUCAUUGGUUUUCGCAUUGAUAUACUUCCUAAUACUAAUUCUGCCAUGGAUUCCUCUGAGAGACUAUUUAGCUCUACCAACCAAGCUGUCGUUCUACUUGUACGUGUUGCUUCUGGCGCUGCUGGACACGACGCAGGCGGUGGGCGCGGGGCUGCUGGCGUGGGGCUCCCUGCAGUCCGGGCUCUGCAUCGUCGAUGUCACCACUUGGCUGUAUUUCUCUCUUUACACGCCGCUCGUGUACCAUACAUUCCUCAGCGAGUUUUUCAGUGUAUCCCAGCCGAGCAUCAUGUUCUCGUACAAGGCUCAGAUGGACGAGCCACUGGACGACGACCAGGUGUCUCUGCCGCACCAGCAAAGCUUCAGUUCACUCAAGACCGACUCUGACUAUAUCUACCAGCAGAGCAACAGCGUGUACGACAGCACGCUGUUCGAGGCGGAGGGCACGACGCCCAUGCGCGCCGCGUACAGCGCCUCGCUGCAGAGCCCCGACUCCAUCGCCUCCGGACAGUCGCUCGACGCCGCCGCCUGCCACCGGACGCCUGACACAUAACCACCGGACGUGCUACACCACGCAUCCAAAGAUAUGUAAUCAUACGUAGUAUGUAAUAUGAACGUCGGAUAUUCUCGCGCCUUUGUAAUUAACGAUAUAAUAUUUAUGUUUAGAAUAGUUAUGUUUUCUCUUUUCGGUAUUUGAAAGAACGAGACAAAGUACUUUUCAAGGUAAUUUGAGAAUAACAUUUUAAUUAAGAGUGUAAGAUUAUACUAGGCGAAAUUGACCGACAUGCGACACUCGAGUUCUGUGUCGGACGCGGCGCGAGUCUAUCUGGCGCUGUAUAUUUAUUUAUUCAUGUGCUCGCUUGUUCAUUUCGGAUUUUGACACACUUAUGUACAGCUGGGGGCAGAUAAACUUGACCCUUUUGUGGGACUAAGUUACUAAGGUGAGUGGUUUGGUUUAUUCGCCCCCGACUGUACUUACCCUCUUACCUAAAGCACUUACUGAUUUUGUUAAGUACUUACACAGUUUGUUCAACUAAAGGAUAUUCUAAUUGAAUAUGUCAAAUUUUUCAUUGAUAUCCGUUGCGGGCAAGUGAAUGCAUAUCUUAAAUAAUUAGUGCUACUUAAAAUUAUAUAACAGUACAUGGGAAUCUCAAUUUAAAUUUUAUAAUUUCGUUUCAUGAUGUCAAGUUACUUUGUGAUAGUCGGAGCCAGUGAUCGAAUCGAAUUAAUUGAGACUGUGGUACAUCCCAUUUCUUUAUUAUAGUCUGUAUGCAAUGGAUCCAUCCGAUAAAUUAGUGCUUUAGACUCAGGAUUCACAAAUUGUGCAAAGUUGCAACACGUCCAAUUAGCAAGGACUUUACUCAAUUUCGAGUGGUUGAAGCAUUUUUGUGAAUUGGAUUUUUGCGUUCUAACAUAUUAGCUGUAAAAACUACUUAAUUCGUGUAAAUAAAAAUAAAAAGUGUAACUUAUAGAGAAACUUAAGUCAUAAAUCAGAUUUCUUUUUCCAAUGUCAUUCGUCCUCUCUAAAGUAAGUUUAUACCUGGCGGAUCAUUAGUGAGUUCUAUGUCUAGAUAUUUUUAUCCUGUAAUAGUUGUACCUUUUUCUUUAGGAAUAACCUCUUAAUUAUACGUAUUAAACGUACGAAAUAAAAUAUAGGCUACAAAAUAGAUUCUAGAAAAGAAUAGCAUUAAAAUUUAUGGGGUUUGUAUGAGAUUUCUAAGCCAAGUUUUAGCAGUCAAUUGAUAUAUUUAUCUCAUUAUAAUUUAUUUUUGGAAUAACUAAGACAACGGCGUGCUUUUUGCGUAGUUGUGCAUUCAAUCUGUCUCUGUCACACACUUGUAUGUGCGCAAAAGGUCGGUGAGUCGGCCAUUUUAUAUGGUAUUCUCGAGACAGGGACCGAUUUUAAGUAACCUUUAGCCAUGUAACAGGAUAUUUUCUGCCAAAGUAGAAAUCUGCGAGAAAGAAGUAUUUUCUUAUAGCUUUAAAGUGUGAUAAAGGCCCAUCGAGUAGUAAAGCGACACGAAAAUAUCUAAGUAAUCAGGUUUGCGACUUUGUUCCAGAUGAUCAAUGUAUUUAUUAAAUACUUAUUUUCUGAGAUAAAUUGCGUAAAUAAUUAUAAUUUUUGAUUUCAUUGCUAGGUAUAUAAAAGCAAAGUGAGCGAUUUACUUUCAUUAUGCAUAAAAUGAUUAUACUUUCUAAUAUAACAGUAUUUUACGUAAAUCGAUUCAAGU